UCGCAUCAGCUGAUGAUUGUAAACAAACAAGGCGUAAGAAAGAGGCUGGUGUCAAGGUGCUAGGUUGAGGGUUUUUUCUUUCGUCUGUCAAUAAUUAUGACGGAUGUGGAGCUCAAGAAUAGAGGAAACAAGCUCUUUGCAGCCAGGAAAUAUGAGGAGGCCAUUACCUGUUACUCGGAUGCGAUUACGAAGAAGCCGUCAGUUGCUGUUUACUACACAAACCGUGCACUAUGUAACUUGAAGCUGAAGAGGUGGGAUCUGGUGAUGCAAGACUGCCGCAUGGCCCUGGAGAUUGAUGCCACACUCGUCAAGGCACACUUCUUCCUAGGCCAGGCUCUCCUCGAGACAGAUAACUUUGAUGAUAGCAUCACACACCUUCAGAGAGCCCAGGAUUUGGCCAAGGAACAAAAGGUUAACUAUGGGGAUGACAUCGCAUGUAUGAUUCGUGUAGCUCGCAAGAGGAGAUUCAACGUAUCCGAGGAGAAGAGAAUCACACAAGAAAUUGAACUACAGACUUACCUGAAUAGAUUAGUGUUAGAGGACCGAGACCGGCGCUUAGAAGAGGUUCACAGGAAGUACGAGGGAGACGAGGAGAAAGCCCAGGAGGAAAUCAUGAGGAUAGAACAACAGACGGACAACCACAUCACAGAAGUAAAUACCAUGUUUGCCAAACUGGACGAGAGAAGAAGAAAAAGAGAAGUGCCAGACUACCUCUGCGGCAAGAUCAGUUUUGAGAUCCUGAGAGAGCCGGUGGUGACCCCAAGUGGCAUCACCUAUGACCGCAGGGACAUUGAGGAACACUUGCAGCGCGUGGGCCAUUUCGACCCCAUCACCCGGACAGACCUCACAGUGGACCAGCUUAUCCCUAACCUGGCCAUGAAGGAAGUGGUGGACUCGUUCCUGGCCGAGAAUGAGUGGGCUCUCGACUACUAGCCCCGGGUCUUUGUUGUUGUUGUAUUUUUUAGUUUUAAGUGUUUAGAAAUGUUCAUUUUUUUUAGCUGCAUUCAUAAUCGCAUUGCAUAUUUGUUAAGAUGAGGAUUUGUGGAUAGAUUGGUUAGUCUAAAUUGCACACAGACCUCAAGAUUUGUCCAUUGAAUAACAUUUUGCCUUCUCAUCUUGUCAUCUGAGUGAAGAGCCUCCCAAACUGAAGUAAAUACUGAGGCUGGUGGAGAUGUUUCCAAGUUCAUAGUGCAAAUCCAUCCUUUUCUACUCAUGAUUCUAGGAUCUUGAAAUACAUACGUAAUAUGUAUAUGCACACACACACACACACACACACACACACACACACACACACACACACACACACACACACACACACACACACACACACACACACACACACA